GCUCGCGUCUAGCCUAGCCUAGUGCACUUAAGUUCUCAAGGGACGCGUCCUGGUGAGGACACGCAGUCCCCGCAGCACAGUUUUCUCUCUGCUAUGUUGUAGGGACAGGCGGGAACAGGCUGGCAUCCGCCGGACUUUGGAGCCUGAGCGUAGAGGUGUUGCAGGAAAAGGGCAAAGGGGAAACCUGGACGUCAUGGCCACGACUGCUAGUGGAGUCCGCGGCGACACGCCCGCUUCCAGAUCUCUGGGCCAGCGGGAUCGCGGCGCGCGCUCCUGAUUGGCCCACGCCGUGUCCGCACGGCCGCCAAGCGCCGCCCACGGACAGAGCAGGGGUAACGGGACUGUGGUCGCGGGCAACCCCAGCCACGCACCAUGCCCUAUCUGCUCAUCAGCACUCAGAUCCGUAUGGAGGUGGGCCCCACCAUGGUGGGUGAUGAACACUCGGAUCCAGAGUUGAUGCAGCACCUGGGGGCCUCCAAGAGAAGUGUCCUGGGAAACAACUUUUAUGAAUACUACGUCAACGACCCUCCUCGCAUAGUCCUGGACAAGCUGGAAUGCAGGGGCUUCCGAGUGUUAAGCAUGACAGGGGUGGGCCAGACGCUGGUGUGGUGUCUGCACAAGGAAUGACCUGCUUGAGCUGACUGGUGCACAGGGACUGCCAUGUGCCCUGCCCACAUGCUUGCAUCACUGUCUGCCCUGCCUAUCUCUUUCCAAAUUGUCAACUCCCUUGCCCAACACUGGUGGGCUGUGAACAGCCUCCCGAACCUUGCUCCAGUUGGUUGGGCACAGCAGGCCCAGGCCCUUGUGCUUUCAGCUUCCCCCAGCGAGGUCUGACCCUGGCUCUUGCUGGAGGCCACGUGCUGAAGGCAAGCUACCCUGAGGACAGUCCCUGGAUCCUACACAGCCAGUCCAAGCCAAUAAAGGGCUCUCACAAGUG